ACUUUUCUAUGGCUAGAUAAGACGUGAGAUGUUGGUCGAAAUAACGGAUCUUGGCACAACCUACUGCUAUUUUUUAAGGAUUUUCUGGUCCUCUACAAUCAGAUAUCAGAACGUUGUUUCAACUUAUGUGUUACUGGGUUUAAUGGCCGCAGUUUGUCAGAGGUAGAGAGAUAUGGAGGCGUGAAGUUUGCAGAAAAUGAGCCCCGUAUGGCAACAGCGGCGACUGCCGCUCACCGGUAAACUUUGGUUUACUUGUAUUUGAAGACGGCCUGUGUGGAUCGUUGUGUUGGAAAGCACAUAAGUGUGAACCACAAGAUUAUGUCAGUUUAUGCAGAAGUUCAGCCCAUUUAUAUGCAGCGACGCAUUGAUGAGAUGAAUAAGCAGAUUGAAGCUCAGCAGAACCUUGUCCAAGAGCAGCAACAAGUGGAUCAACCAGUUUAAGUGUAAUCAUUGAAUGUAUUUUAUUACUAACCACUGUUGACUGCUGUGUAUUCUUUAAUUAUGGCAUACAUUGUAAAAGUAGCAACAAGAUUUUUAGGGUAUAACAUUGGAAGAUCAGCUUUAACAGCUAUACCAAGAACUUUGUUUGCAAGAAAGUUUGAGCUUCUAAUCAAGGAUAGCAACAUAAAUCAGCAUUUUCACAGUACUGUAGCUAAUUUUUGUAGCCAUAGUUCUGGUAAGCAUGAAGGACAUGAUAAGCAAUUAGGGAAAAUUGAACCCAUGUUUCAAUUAACAUAUACAUGUAAAGUAUGUAACACAAGACAGUCUAAGACAAUUUCCCAGCUGGCUUACAAAAAAGGUGUAGUCAUAGUUACCUGUGAGGGUUGUGCAAAACACCAUCUUGUGGCAGAUAAUCUUGGAUGGUUUUCAGACCUUGAUGGCAAGAAGAACAUUGAGGAUAUCUUAGCUGCAAGGGGUGAAAUGGUAAAAAGAGGCCAGGUAUUCUCAAUGGACGAUCAUGGUAGUUCAGAUAAGAAUUGUAAUCCCAGCAAUCAGAACAGUUGUAAAGAGGAAGAUGAAGCCACAGCACAGGCAGCAUUGAGUACUGUCCAAGACACACUUGAACUGAUGGCUACAAAUGAACGUGAUUCAGAAGAAUUGAAAAAUGAAAAGCUUAGAAAAACUUAGAAAUUAGUAACUUGUUGGCACUUUAGAACAUGCAGUAAUGGAAACAAAUGUGGUACUUGUGUUGGUAGGCUUACCAGGUGUUGGCAAGUAAACAUUUUUUAAAAAGCUUCUGUUUUACUUAAUGCAUAAGUGGGAAGGACACACAGUUCACAGUAUUUAUGUGUGCUGUGAUAAAUUAAUUAAAUUUUCUCUCCAAGAGAAAUUUUUUAAACUGAAACAGUUUUGUGAGAAAAGUUAAACUAAAAAUGACAGCUGGAACACUGCAAGACAUAAUGUAUAUUCAUCAGUUCACCCAGUGCUUAAAAAUGGAAAGUCAAAAUGAUAUGAGGUUUUAAUUUCUUUAAUAUAUUAGAUAAGGUUGUAGAUAAAGAGGAAUUGUAUGUAGCUUUAUUGGAUGAUCAUUUUUAUUAUAGGAGUUUGAGAUAUGGAUAUUUUUAGUUAGCAAGGAAGCAGACAGUUGGAUUUUGUCAGCUGUAUAUAGAAUGCACCACAGAUAUGGCUAUUCGGCAAAAUAUACAUAGACAAGAACAUGUUCCUUCUGAGGUAAUUGAAGACAUGACAGCAAACUUACAACCACCUCUGCCAUGUGAACACAACUGGGAAUCUAUCACAUGUAUUCUCCAAGAUGACAAUCUUGAUAAAUCACAAGGUGCAUGGUACUUGAUCUAUCAGUGCUUUAUGUCACUAGUACCUCAGUUAAAGGACUGUGAAUUAAAAAGCAGAAGCACUUAUAAAAUUUUCCCACAGCAUUGCUCAUCAAGGAGAUAUAUGUAUAUGCAGUCACCUGUCAGCCAAGUAAUAAGAGCAGUACACUUGAAAGGUAAUGUGAGAUCCAAUGAAUUAUCAUCUUUGUCUUGUGGUGUAAAUGUGAUCUGUCAGUCCAUUUUGGCUGCAGUAUGAAAUGGUAUUUUGUGCUUCCCUCCUUAUCUAGUAGAAACUGUUAUCAAAUUUAAGAAAACAACUGCAUAAGAGUUGAAGUUCUUCCUUAGUCAUGUUGUGUAUAUACUGUCUUAAAAAAAUCUUCAAAGAAACCAUUUUGAUAUUGCUGUAGGUUUUUUGUAAGAGUAAAGGCUGAAUACAUUUACUCCUAGAUUUUUUGUCUUUUAUGUAGUACAUAUGUGAAAUUACAGUACAUGAUAAAUUAUGCAAUAAAAAAAGUAUUCUUCAGCAGUUUCUUUUCAGAUUACCUACACUAUAGUGGUUAUUGAUUUACAUAUACACUAAAGUAAAGCAGUUGUAAAUUUUCUUAAUAUUAACAUGUAGACUUUGGUUUAAUAAAAUUUAAACUUGG